AUGCUAAGAUCUUAUUAGCAUUUUAAUUUUACUUUUUUUCCCUCUUUUUAUUAGAGAGUGAAAAAAUAACUUAUGCAUUCAUAAUAUUUUACAUAAUCGAAAGGUGCAUCUCUAUAUCAAUAAUCCAUUCUAUCCUUAAUUUAAAGUUAAGAGAUAAAUUUUUGA